AUGACAACAAACAUCCCAUUUUGUUCCUCCCUCUCUUCUUUCUUGUUUUCUGACUUUCCAUCGCCUGUAUUGAUAAAAUAUCUAUCUAUCUAUCUAUCUAUCUAUCUAUCUAUCUCUAAUCAUAUCUAUUUAAGUCUAUUCAUUAUCUAUCUAUCUAUCAAUCUAUGUUCUCUCUCUCUCUCUCUCUCUCUCUCUCUCUCUCUCUCUCUCUUUUUACAUUUGCAACGCCAGCUUUUUUCAAAUACUCAUCCAACUUUAAUCAUUUCUAUCUAUCUAUCUAUCUAUCUAUCUAUCACAGUCCGUUCUUAUCUAUCUAUUUCUAUCACAGUCUUCUAUUCAUUAUCUAUCUAUCUAUCUAUCUAUCUAUCUAUCUAUCUAUCUAUCUAUCUAUCACAGUCCGUUCUUAUCUAUCUAUUUCUACCACAGUCUGUGCUUAUCUAUCUAUCUAUCUAUCUAUCUAUCUAUCUAUCUAUCUAUCUAUCUAUCUCUGAUCAUAUUUAUUUAAGUCUAUUCAUUAUCUAUCUAUCUAUCUAUCUAUCUAUCUAUCUCAGUCCGUUCUUAUCUAUCUAUUUCUAUCACAGUCUGUGCCUAUCUAUCUAUCUAUCUAUCUAUCUAUCUAUCUAUCUAUCUAUCUAUCUAUCUAUCUGUACUUCGCGCCAACAUUUUUUUACGUUCUUCGCUUCCAUUUUUACUCAUUUCUUUCUUUCUUUCUUUCUUUCUUUCUUUCUUUCUUUCUUUCUUUCUUGUUUUUCAUUAAUGGAGCAAUGCCAACCCUAA